AAAGACUUCAACUCCCGCGAUUCUACGCGGUCUCGUCACUUUGACGCCUGACGCAUGCGCGCGCGGCGGUCGGCUGCGUCGGUGUGUGUGUGACCAUCAUGGCGGCGGCCUAUGUGGAGAUCUUGAGGAGCGAGUUUCCAGACAUCGACUCGGAGUUGUUCGACUACAUCACGGGCGUGCUGGACGGCUGCGGGGCCGACUUCGAGGAUGGCGAGGAGGUGUUUGAGGCGGUGGGCGGCGUCCUGCAGGAAGUGUCGGCCGACACGAAAAACGAGGACGACGUCCGAGGCAUCUGCUUGAGGAUGUUCAACACGCUGCGGCUGAGCGGCUGUCCCGCCUCGCAGCGUCAAGUGUUGCUGGACGCGCCGGUGCAGCUUUCCCAGAUGUCGCCGGACACGACCUUGGCCAACGACGACGUUCAGGGCAUCUGGAUGAUGAAGCGUCCUCAGAACACGAUGGUGGACACCAAGAAGCUGGAGAAGGCUGAGGCCAAGCUGAAAGCCAAACACGAGCGACGCAACGAGAAGGACUCGCACAAGGCGCCCGGUCCGCUUGUCCUGGAGGAAGCCUCGGCCAGUCAGGCCAGCAGUAAAAAAGAAGGACGAGCCGACCAGGCGGGAAAGAACCGCAGCUACGACAUCCGAAUUGAGAACUUCGACGUGUCCUUUGGAGAGAGGUGUCUUCUUCAGGGCGCCGAGCUGGCGCUGGCGGCGGGGCGGCGCUACGGCCUGGUGGGCCGCAACGGCUUGGGAAAGACCACUCUGCUGAAGAUGUUGGCCGGCCGCAGCCUGCGCGUCCCCCCUCACAUCUCCAUCCUCCACGUGGAGCAGGAAGUGGCGGGCGACCACACCACGGCGCUGCAGAGCGUCCUGGAGAGCGACACGCUCAGGGAGGGCCUGCUUCGAGAAGAAGCGCGCCUCAACGCCCGCAUGGCCAACGGAACGGCCGAGGGGAUGGAGAGCAUCCGUCUGUCUGAAAUUUACUGCAAGCUGGAGGAGAUCGAGGCCGACAAAGCCCCCGCCCGAGCCUCCAUCAUCUUGGCCGGUCUUGGGUUUUCUCCCAAAAUGCAGCAGCAGCCCACCAAAGAAUUUUCAGGAGGCUGGAGGAUGCGGCUGGCAUUAGCAAGAGCUCUCUUUGCUCGGCCUGACCUGCUGCUACUCGAUGAGCCGACCAACAUGUUGGACGUGAGCGCCAUCCUGUGGCUGGAGAACUACCUGCAGACGUGGCAGUCCACCAUCCUGGUGGUGUCCCACGACCGCAACUUCCUGAACGCGGUGGUGACCGACAUCGUACACCUGCACUCGCGCAGGCUGGACAGUUACCGUGGCGACUACGAGAACUUUGUCAAGACCAAAGACGAUCGACUCAAGAACCAACAGCGAGAGUACGAGGCGCAGCUGCAGUACAGGCAACAUAUACAGGUGUUCAUCGACAGGUUUCGCUACAACGCCAACCGAGCGGCUCAAGUGCAGAGCAAACUCAAAGUGCUGGAACGAUUGCCCGCACUGAAGCCCAUCGAAAAAGAAGCCGAAGUGACGUUAAGGUUUCCGGACAAUUUUGAGAAGUUGUCUCCUCCCAUCCUGCAGUUAGACGAGGUGGAGUUCUACUACACGCCCGACCAGCGCCUCUUCUCUGGACUCAACCUGUCCGCCGACCUGGAGUCUCGCGUCUGCAUGGUGGGCCAAAACGGCGCCGGGAAGAGCACGGUCCUCAAGCUUCUGAUGGGCGAGCUGACGCCCAUCAGCGGAGUCCGCCAAGCUCACAGGAAUCUGAAGAUCGGCUACUUCAGUCAGCACCACGUGGACCAGCUGGAUCUGAACGUUUGCUCCGUGGAGCUGCUCCUCAACAAGUUCCCCGGUCGGACGGAGGAGGAGUACCGCCACCAGCUGGGGGGUUACGGUAUCACGGGAGAGCUGGCCACCAGGCCCGUGGCCAGCCUGUCGGGGGGCCAGAAGAGUCGGGUGGCCUUCGCCCAGAUGACCAUGCCCUGCCCCAACUUCUACAUCCUGGACGAGCCCACCAACCACCUGGACAUGGAGACCAUCGAGGCGCUCGCCACCGCGCUCAACAAGUUCAAAGGCGGCGUGAUCCUGGUGUCGCACGACGAGCGUCUGAUCCGCCUGGUGUGCAAAGAGCUGUGGGUGUGCGAGGGCGGCCGAGUGUGUCGCCUGGACGGCGGCUUCGACCAAUACCGGGACGCCCUGCACGAGCAGUUCAAGAGGGAGGGCUACCUGUGAAGUAGCCGCCACCCCCACCUCAUCGUUUUAGUGCACAGAUGCUCUAUUUACUAAGAAAAUAAAACCUCACACAUUGUGAGCCACUUCA